AUGCAGCUGUGCAAGGAGAAGGAGGAUUUGCACGAUGAGAUCUACUGCCAGGUCAUCAAACAGGUCACCCACAACCCUCAGCAGGAGAGCGAGCUGCGGGGCUGGUUGCUCCUAAACCUGCUCACUGGGUACUUCCUGCCUUCCAAAAUCCUGAUGCCCUAUGCCACCAAGUUCCUGCAGCUGGCCAGCAGUGAUCCAUCCAGCGCCCAUCAUGCUCCUGCUUCCCCUAUGCCACCUCCUGAGCCAAAGCCAAAAAAGGAGACACCAAAACCAAAGAAGGAGCCGCCUGUAGUGAAGCCUUCAGGCCCAGAGAAGCGUCCUGCACCCAGCCAUGAGAUUGGGAACAUCAUCAAAAUGUACCAGAGCAGACCAGCCCCCGAGCCCCAGCCCAUCCAGCCCAGCAGGAAAGUAUCCAAGCCAUUUAUAAAGAAGAACGACCCCAAAAAUGAGGCUCUGGCCAAGCUGGGAAUGAUGAACCCCUCACCUCAGCGAUCACCAUCUCCUGUGCCACAGGAGAAGAAAAUACCUCCACCUGUCAAGCCCAAGCCAGGCCCAGCUUCCAGCUCUAUCAAGGAAAAGCAGCUGCCCCUCUUAUCCAUCUUCAAACCAGAGGGUGCCCCCCCAGCUGCCCAGGCCCCUCAUGCUCCCCCUCUUCCCCCAGCAACCCCUGAGGACCAAGGCUGGCAGGAACCCCCAGGGAAGGGUCUUUGGGGGGUGGAAAGGACCUUGUAA